CGUUUUCUGGGUUUUGUAGUCACACGACUGUAUUUGAUUUUCAUCCCAAUUGGACUGUGGGAGGGGACUUUAAGCCGUCGUGCUGUUCCGAAGAAAAGAUGUCUUCCUCAGAGAAACCUGUUCUCAUCAAACCCUCGCUGACUGAGGCCCAGGCUGUCGAGUUGGUCGAGCGAUUGUACGGUCUGAAGGUCUCCAGUGUCCAACCAAUGCCUAGUUACGAUGACCAGAACUUCCACAUCCUGGUGUCUGAGGACCAGGUGACCAGAGAUCACAGUCAGAGCUAUGUCCUCAAGGUGAUGAACACUGGUGACAGUGAGGAUGCUGAUUUAAUUGAAGCACAAACGCAAGCCAUGAUAUUUUUGAGUGAGAAAGGAUUUCCUACACCCACACCAAUCCCAACCAUUGAUGGAAAGAUUAUGUCGUUGGAGACGAUUGGCUGUGGAGUCCAAUCGAAGGCCCACAUGGUCCGGUUACUGACCUACCUCCCUGGACGUCCAUUGUCUGAAAUGCCUAUAGAGCCUCAGAUCUUGUACAAAGCUGGUCAAACCCUCGCACGAAUGAAUGAGGUGCUUGCAGAAUUCCAGCAUCCUUUCCGGAAGAGUCUGCAGCGUCCGGAUUUCCUCUGGAAACUCUCAAACAUUCACUUGUUGAACAAGUAUCUUUAUGUAGUGGGAGAGGGAAGGGAUCGCCAAAUUAUAGAGCAAAUUAUUCAGCAAUUCCAGGAAGAGAUAAUUCCAAAUCUCUGCAAGUUGCGUCAAAGCUUGAAUCACGGAGACCUCAGUCACACCAACAUUCUAGUCCAGCCUGUUCACCCCUCAGCUAAUCACUCCAACCCAACUGAGCUGCAGCUGGAACUGGACAUCUCUGGGUUACUGGACUUCAGUGACAUGAAUUAUGGUUAUUAUGUCUUUGAUGUGGCCAUAUCCAUAAUGUAUCUGAUGCUGGGGAGUAACGAUCCCAUUAGUGCAGGGGGCCAUGUCCUCUCGGGCUUUGAGAGUGUGAUCCCGUUACUCCCUGAGGAGCAAGACGCCAUUUUCCUGCUGGUUCUUUGCAGGUUUUCUCAGUCACUGGUUAUGGGGAGAUACAAUACUCUGCUUUACCCUGAAAAUUCAGAGUACCUUCUGAGCACUGGGAGAGCUGGCUGGAAGUGUCUCCACCAACUGUGGUCGCUGGGGAAAGAGGCAGUAGGAAAGAUUUGGUUUGAGGCAGGCAAGUUCCAAAGCACUUGAUGCAGACCCUGUUUCAGUGUAGUCCCAGGCACAUUGGCUUCCAGGAGAACAAGGACAUCUCGAUGAAGAUUAUUAGAUUAGAUUAGAUUAGAUUCCCUACAGUAUGGAAACAUGCCCUUCAGCCCAACAAGUCCAUACCGAUCCUCCGAAGAGUAACCUAGCCAGACCCAGUCCCCAACCCUAUAUUUACCCCUGACUAAUGCACCAAACACUAUGGGCAAUUUAGCAUGACCAAUUCAUUUGAGCUGCACAUCUUUGGAUUGAGGGAGGAAACCGAAGCACCCGGAGGAAACCCACAUGGACCCACCCACCCACAGACACGGGGAGAAUGUGCAAGCUCCACACAGACAGUUGGCCGAGUUCGGAAUUGAACCCAGGUUCCUGGCACUGUGAGGCAGCAGUGCUAACUACAGAGCCACCGUACCGCCCCUGACUGCUGGAACCUGGAAUUGUAUUAAUACUUUAAGCUCCUAAUCAUUAAGGUAUACUAAACUUUGUUUUAAUCGGUUCCGUAUGUUUUAGUUUUGGUUUACUCAUUUGUGGGAUGUGGGUGUUACUGGCUGGGCCAGCAUUAAUUAACCAUCCCUCGUUACCCUUGAGAAGGUGGUGGGGAGCUGCCUUCUUGAACCGCUGCAGUCCACCUGCUGUGGGGUGACCCACAAUCCCUUUGUGAAUUGAAUUCCAGGAUUUUAACCAGUGCCAGUGAAGGAAUGACGCUAUAUAUUUCCAAGUCAGGAUGGUAAGUGGAUCGGUGGGGAAUGUAUAGAUGGUGGUAUUCCCAUAUAUGUGCUGCCCUUGUCCUUCUCAAUGGAAGCGGUCAUGAGUUUGGAAGGUGCUGUCUGAGGAUCUUUGAUAAAUUUCUUGUGGAUUGUACACACUGCUGCAACUGAGCAUCAGUGGGUAGAGGGAGUUGAUGCUUCUGGAUGUAGUGCCAACCAAGCCCAUGAACCAGCACUCUCAAAAAAUCAGCAAGAAUCAUGUAUCUCAAAAACUGUGAAGUUUACUGUAUUAUCAUUAUCUCAGAGCAGUCAGGUGAGGAUGCUGUACAUUCUACUUAAUGCAAAGUUGCAUUAAUAUUUUAGUGAUGUAUGUUGUAAGUGUAACAGUGAUGUGUAUUCCCCAUGCAUUACCUUUCUAUUCCUUCGUGUGUGUUGAUUAUGUGAACCGUGUGGUCAACCGGAAUAUGUUAUCAACCAGUACAUUCCAGGUCCCAUUGGUGCCGGUUAAUAAAAAGUUUGUUGCAUAUUUUGUGAAAAAAAAACCUGUUGCUGUGAUGUGAAUAUUGUUGGCUGGCCCAGCAUUUAUUGCCCACCAUGCCAAGCUGGGAGAAAGUUGGGGUGAGCUGUUUUCUUGAAACACUGAUGUUUUUCCCAAUGGGUUUCAGGGUUUCUGCAAUGCCAUUUGCAAGGCAACUUUGACCCAAUGUAUCCAAAGUGAAAGGCCCUUGAACUGCAAAGAUCUUUACAGCAUUCGGUAUCUGAGAUGAAGCCAGUCCAGUCCAGUUUCUUGAGAUUGUAUAUCAUCAGACAGCUCUGGGGUGAAGAGGUAUUCAAUCAGGAUCUGAUUUUACAGUCAGCAGCCAAACUGAGGAGCACCAUUCAACAGCAAUUGCUGGAGAAGCUCAACAGGUGAUAUCAUCAAGGUGCUGGAGAAAGAAUUACGGGUGGGGUCCAGAAUAGGACUGGAACAAGGAAUGUUCCACAUACCCCACAAAGAGACAGACAUCACUGGGGCCCAUGCAGGUACCCAGGGCAGCCCCUCUGACCUGAGAAAGUGAGAGGAGUUAAAAGAGAAGUUGUUGAAAGUGAGGAUGGGUUCAGCUAGGUUGAGAAGGCUGGUGGUUGAUGGGAACGGUUCAAACCUUCUGUCUAGGAAGCAGAGAGCCCUGAGACCACCCUGAUGGGUAAUGGACAUCUAAGGGGAUGGAAGCUCCGUGGUAAAAACGAAGUGGCUGGAUCCAACAAACUGGAAAUUCUGAAACUGCCGUAAAACUGUCAGAGGAAUCGUGGAUAUAAGUGGGAAUGGACUGGAAAAUUGGGGAAAUAAAUUGAGUUGAGGUAAGAAGAGGUGGGUGCGGUGGAAUGGGAGCAGGUAGAAACAAUGAGUCUGGCUGGGCUGUCCUGUUUGUGGAUUUUGGGAAGGAGGUGGAAGCGGGCUGUGUAAAAUUGGCAAACUAUGAGCUUGCAGGCAGUGGGCAGGAAAGAUGACCAGAUGAAAUGAGGUUAGUGAUGGGAAUGGGCGCAAUGGCCUGAUGUUCCAUGAUAGGGUUAUGGUCCACGGGGAGAUAGAGGGUGGUAUCUGAGAGCUGAGAAGAGCAUCAAUCUCAUACUCAUAUUAAACAUAAUCAUCUCCCUGAGGAUACUAUUCUUUGAGGCCCUCCAGUCCCACAGCCCUUUGAGAUAUCCACCAUCAUCUCAUUCUGGCAUCUUCCACAUGAUUUUGAUCGCUGAAGCAUUGGGCCUUUGAAUUAAGUUUUCUGGACUCAAGCUCUGGAACUCUCUCCUGAAAGCUCUAUAACUAACUUUCCUCCUUGAACAUUAUCCUCAGAUCAUACUUCUUUCACCAAGCUUUGACCAUUUAAAAACAAAAUUCCAGCUGAGGGUACUAUUAAAGUCAAACCCCAGAAAGAAACCUGGCUUCAUAGAUUAUUGAUGUGUUGAUCAUUGACUGAAACAGUCAUACAAAGCUGCAGAGUGUUUAACAAAAGAGUUUUGUUACACACAAAUGUAAAAGUAAUUAAGUAAGCUAUCUGGAUAUGGAAUACAGUUAGAACCAUCUUAAAACCAGUGAAUGAAAUCCAGAGAAAUAAUACCUUUAUAUCAAACAUUAAGUUUGAGUUAACUGAUUCUCCCAGUUUCUGUCUUGUAAACAGUGCAUAUUCCUAUAUGAAUACUCACAAAGCUAAGAGCUUAGACUUUCUCAGCUUCUAAUAGCCUGCAGAUAUCUAAUCAAACACUCGUGAUCUGGACAUUGCACAAACUAAACUUUUCCACUGAGUUAACCUAUUCCCUUGACUGUUCUGAAAAGCUCCCUCUGAGGAGGGAGGCCAAUAUUUGCUUCAGACCCCAGUCAGGACUCCUCUGACCUACCCCUAAAGAGUUGUAUGCUGUGGAAUGUCUAAACCAAGGAUCAAUCCUUGAUGAUUCUAAACUGAAGAAAUUGUAAUGGCCUUUAAUAUUUACUCCACCUGGCAUAAAUAAUUUUCCAUAACACUCUAGGAGUUCACAAACACUUGCUUUCUAACGCAUACUGAUUCGGUCAGUGUUCUGGAAAGAAUAUUUUGAUUGAGGUUUCUUUUUAAAAAAAUAUUCUAUGAUUAUUCACCUUUCAACACAAGCUCACUGAAAGAUAGGAGAGUGAAGGCGGCAUUUUAUAGGCUGUCUUUUAUUGGUCAGAGCAUUGAGUAUAGGAGUUGGGAGGUCAUGUUAUGGCUGUACAGGACAUAGGCUGAGGCUGUUUUCCCUCGAGCAUCGGAGUCUGAGGGCAGACCACAUAGAGGUCUAUAAAAUCAUGAUGGGCGUGGAUAGGUUAAAGAGACAAGGUCUUUUCCCUGAGAUGGGAGAGUCCAGAAUUAGAGGGCAUAAGUUUAGGAUGAGAGGGGAAAGAUUUAAAAGGGACCUCAGGGGCAACAUUUUCACGCAGAGGGUUUAUGAUUGGUACAUGAAUAGGAAGGAUUUAGAGGGAUAUGGGUCAAGUGCUGGCAAAUAGAUUAGGUUGGGAUAUCUGGUUGGCAUAGACGAGUUGGGCUGAAGUGUCUGUUUUCAUGCUGUACAUCUUUAUGACUCUAUGACCUUAUGUCUAAUUUUGCUUUGUAAUGUUCAUAUGAAAG